CUUAGUUAAUAAGCUCUACAGCGGGUACAUUGCUCCGCCUCCAUCAGCAGGCGUAGAACUCGACCAACUCGUCCAGCGACUCGGGAUGCGGCCCGGCGUUCUCCAGUGGCAAAAGGCGAAAUUGCUCGCACGGCCCGGCGUUCUCCAGUGGCAAAAGGCGAAAUUGCUCGCACGGCCCGGCGUUCUCCAUUGCAGCAAAAGGCGAAACCCUCGCCCCCAGGGCCCCCACCGAUCGGACCCACGGUCAUUAUCGUAGCACCUGAGUUAACAUGGGACGGACCGGCGUUCUCCAGCAUCCACGGCAGGUGUUCGAACAGCACCACCUCGCACCCAACCACCACCGUCUCUGCGUCGGCGUUGUCACUGCACCGCUCGACUAGUACCCGGAAGAGUGGGUGGCCAACGAGGUCGUCGCUCACGAGGUACUUCCGGCGCGACUUCCCGACGUACAGCGGGUGGAGCCCCGGCGGAACCCCGUCGCCGUGGAACGACGUGGAGUGUAGCCACCCCUCGCCGUCCUACUACCGGGAGGAGACCCCGCAGCGGCGGCGGCAGAUGAUGCACCUGAGGUCCCAAGGUGCCUCCUUUCCUCUUUUUCUUAUUUUCUUCUGUUAAAUCCCCUCUUGUGGGUUUCCACUAUUUCUUCGUUUGCGGCGGCGAUUUAGGGUUACUUGGCGUCGGUUUCUUUGUCUUCUUCCUUGUAGAUCGUAGUCCAAGAUCAAUUUUUUUCUCCCCCUUUUUUACAUCCCCGCAAAUCAAUGCGCAUUAGGGUUUCCUUGUUCAAAGUUCAACCAUACUUUUCUUUUGUAAAAAUGUGGGUUGUGUUGCGUCUGUAAUCUUCCUUGUUGUUGAAAAAAGAAACUUUGCUAACAGAUUCCACCUUUGUUAGCUUUAUCUGCUAAUAGCCAUGAAAGGGAUUGGAGUGAGUUGCAUCAUCUUUUUGCUUAUUUCAAUCAGAUGCAUCCAUUGUGCAUUUACUCCCGCAGAUAACUACCUGAUUGAUUGUGGUUCCUUGACCAAUACAACCAUCUACAAUCGAGUGUUCGUCGCCGAUGUUUCCCUUUCUUCAACCUUGACUUCCUCCUCAAACAACCUGGUGAACACCUCCAUCUCGGUGCCUGCCUCCUCCUAUGGCGCUGCCCUGUAUCAAAAUGCUCGUGUCUUCACAGUGACAUCCUCCUACUCUUUCCAAAUCAAUGCCCAUGGCCGACAUUUUGUUCGCCUGUACUUCUUCCCAUCCGUUUACGGAAACUUUAAUCUCACUUCGACAUCCUUCGUCGUGUCUACACAAGAUGUUGUCCUCCUCGACCAUUUCCAGCCUCAGGCGAAUUCUGCAGUUGUUGAGGAAUUCUUGGUGAACAUAACUACCGAUAUGCUUAUCCUUACAUUUGCGCCAACAGGAAACAAUUCCAUUGCCUUUGUGAAUGCUAUAGAAGUCGUAUCUGCUCCUGAUACCUUAAUUGCAGACACUGCUACCAUUGUCAAUCCUCCAGGUAAAUACCAGGGCUUGUCAGACCAGUUGUUAGAGAAAAUUUACAGGGUCAAUAUGGGCGGGCCACAGAUUUCGCCAAAUAAUGAUACUCUGUGGAGAAAUUGGGAAACUGAUCAGAAGUUUCUGCUUAACAGCGCACUUUCUCGAUCAGUUAAGUUCCCAGGAAAAAUCAGUCAUGAGGAAGGAACUACUGAGGAGAUCGCUCCUAAUAUAGUGUACUCAACAGCAACCGAGUUGGCCGCUGCCUCAAAUACUUCAAAUGCUCAAUUCAAUGUGACAUGGCAGUUCAGUGUGGAAGCUAACUCGGCCUACCUGAUAAGGUUUCAUUUCUGUGAUAUUGUCAGCAAGGCAGCUGGAAACCUCUAUUUUAAUGUUUAUGUCAAUUCCUGGGCUGUAGCUAGUAAUCUUGAUCUCAGUAGCAUUACGUUUGGGCAGUUAGCAACUGCAGUUUAUAUGGAUUAUGUUUUGGAGGCUAAUGAUGCAUCAGAGAAGCUUGACAUUAGCAUUGGUCCUUCAGUUCUUAAUGGUGUUUUGCCGGACGGCAUACUCAAUGGCCUCGAGAUCAUGAAGAUCAAUGGCUCUGGUGGUUCUCCAGUUACACCACCUGGUUCGAAGAAGAAUCUUGUCAUCAUAGUGGCUCCAAUAUUUGGAAUAAUUGCAGUAACCAUUGUUGUUGCUCUUUGCUUAAUCCUUAGAAAGAGGAAGCUUACAAAACAGUAUUCAAAGUCUUGGGUGCCUUUCUCCAUCGAUGGCUUCACAUCUCAUAGCACUGGAAGUCGAACUUCCAAUGGAACUGCAUUUACACUUGGUCUGAAUGGAAAUUUUGGUUAUCGUCUAUCUUUUGCCAUCCUGCAAAAAGCAACAAACAACUUCGACGAGAAUUGGGUGAUUGGUGUUGGAGGUUUUGGGAAGGUUUACAAAGGAGUGCUGAGUGAUGACACAAAAGUAGCAGUGAAGAGGGGAAAUCCUAAAUCUCAACAAGGCAUCAAUGAGUUCCAUACUGAGAUUGAGUUGUUGUCAUGCCUGCGCCAUCGUCAUCUUGUUUCUCUUAUCGGAUACUGUGAUGAGAAGAACGAGAUGAUUCUUGUUUAUGAAUACAUGGAAAAGGGCACUCUCAAGAGCCAUCUUUAUGGCUCUGACAUGCCUUCUCUUAGGUGGCAGCAAAGAUUGGAAAUUUGUAUUGGAGCAGCUAGAGGAUUGCACUAUCUUCAUACAGGGCAAGCGAAAGCCAUCAUCCAUCGCGAUGUUAAAUCCGCAAAUAUUCUACUCGAUGAGACUCUCUCGGCAAAGGUGGCUGACUUUGGGCUAUCAAAGACUGGACCAGAGCUGGAUCAGACCCAUGUUAGUACUGCAGUAAAAGGAAGUUUCGGAUAUCUCGACCCUGAAUAUUUCCGAAGGCAACAGCUGACUGAGAAAUCUGAUGUGUAUUCAUUCGGAGUUGUUUUGCUAGAAGUGUUGUGUGCAAGACCAGUUAUCGAUCCGACCCUACCGAGAGAGAUGGUGAACUUAGCAGACUGGGGAAUGAAAUGGCAAACGAGGGGAGAACUGGAGCACAUUGUAGAUUCUCGUAUCAUUGGAUCAAUUAGGCCUGAAUCUUUGAAGAAGUUUGGGGUAACCAUCGAGAAAUGCCUAGCGGAUUCAGGCAUCGAGCGCCCCUCGAUGGGAGAUGUCCUCUGGAACUUGGAGUAUGCUCUACAACUUCAAGGUGCAUAUGCUGGUAUCUCGGAAAUCAACAAUAUCAAAAGGAUCACUGAGCUUUCGCCGCAAGUUCAAAACAUCAAUGCCUUCGAGAGUGCACCGGCAGGGGAAGCUGCGACCUCACUGCUCAACGAUCUUUCAGACGAUUCCAUGAACAAAGUUUUCUCACAGUUGAUCAAGUCCGAGGGAAGGUGAGUCAAUCGAUCUUAUUUGAAUUGGCUCCAGGGAAGUGGGAGGCCUGCGAAGGGUUGUUUAUUUAGUAUGUUUGCAUAGCACAAUACAUUAAGGUUAAUGAUUGAUCAUGGUUCUGUUUUCCUCUGAUCUAACUAGUUUUUCAGAUAUUCA